AUGACUAGACGGCGGGUGCAUGUGAAAAGAAAUGACGGCGACAAACUACGUGUCGUGUGUAAAGGGCAAGACUGUGAGUGGUAUGUGUUCUUGAGGAAGCUCGAGACAAACAAUGGAGCGGAUUAUGUACUGAAUAUGCAACGGGAUCACGCGCACACAUGCUACCAAGUGCUGGAUCAGAAAUGGCUCACUGCAAAGUGGCUAGGUGAGCGUUACAUGGAAAAGAUCAAAGACAACCCUCACAUUCCACUAGCAGCUAUACGGCAGUGUGUCGAUGAAGAUUUUGGGCUAAAGAUCGGUAGGAUGAAGGCAUAUCGGGCCAGAGAGCACGCACUGGAUGGCAUAUUCGGCUCUGCGGCAACCCAGUACAGGAACCUGUUCUACUACAAAGCCGAAUUGGAAUGGACACACCCUGAGUCCAGUGUACAUAUACAUUAUGAAAAUACGAGGGAUACUGGUGCCGUAGGCCCGAGAUUACUGAGGUUCUACUGUUGCCUUGGACCAUUGAAAAAGGGGUGGACGCGGUUAUGUCGACCAAUUAUCUUCUUGGACGCGUGUUUCUUGCGAGGAUUGUACAAAGGGCAGCUAAUGACAGCAAUGAGAAUUGAUCCCAACAAUGGCUGGUGGCCGAUUAUUGCCUGGGCUGUGACUGAAGCGGAGAGCUAUGUCCAGUGGAAGUGGUUUUUGGAGUACUUGUCCGACGACUUCGAUUUGCACGUUAAUGGCCCACGAUAUGUCUUUAUGUCUGACUAA